GCUGGGCCAGCUCUGCAUAGAGGUGUCAGCACAAGGGGGUCUAACCUGCAGACCACCUCUGGCACAGAUAUUGUAACUUAGUCCAAGUCUGAAUGUGGGCAUCUCGACUCAUUUGGUAACAGUGCUGAGGACUGCUGGACAUUGAGCUGAUUAAUCCCUCAGGGAGGAGCAAUGCAACAGAACCAAGUGCUGCCAUACCUUACCUAGAUGUCCCUUCCCAAGAGCCACAGAUCUCUUAAAAAAUAAAGCAUCCUGUACUGUACAGCAUACUGUACUGGGUUUAGUUAUCUUUAGACUUUGCUGCGGUGUCUAAGCAAAAAGUUGGAAACCUCUGCAUUAUUUCUUCUUAAUCUGUUACCUCAUUUCUAAACUUCUUUUAUUGAUAGUCAGAAUUCUGACUCAUUCUCUAUCUUAAAAUUUCUCUCUGAUGCUUGGUGAGAGUGGUGUGGCAUUAAUUUCCACUGCACACAUUUCUGGGCUUAUUUUUGAGGCAUUAAUUUCCACUGCACACAUUUCUGGGCUUGUUUUGAUGUUUCUAGGUGUAACUGGGGUGUGGAGCCAAACUGUGCAAUGCCUGCAAAGUCUGUUUGUGACCAGCUGUUCUGCGUUGGCAACGUGAACCAGGGCAACCAUUUUCACGCUGAAGUCAUGGUCACGUGCUCUGCAUUUGUAUGUCAUUUGCAGGAUUCAGGCGGAAUGCUGAUGAUCGAGGAUGCAAAUAUGUAAUGCAAUAAAGUGCCAUGGAGCAAGAGAACAAAUAAAUGGUGUCUGCUUUGUAUUCCUGACCAACAGCCUGGAAGCAUUGAUGUGGAAAAACAAAAUGAAGGAACUAGUGUCAAACAGUACAACCAGUAUUUCUCAAGCCAGGAAAGCUGUGGAGCAAUUAAAAAUGGAAGCAUACAUGGAUAGAAUAAAGGUAUCCAAGGCUGCAGCAGAUUUAUUGGCAUAUUGUGAUGCACACAUUGGAGAAGAUCCCCUUAUUAUUCCUGUACCUGCAUCUGAAAAUCCCUUUAGGGAGAAGAAACUCUUUUGUACUAUCCUUUGAGUCAGUUUUCAAUUAAAAAUGUCAUCUGCUAAAAUUUGGUAUCAGUGUUGCAUGCUUUUAGCAUUUUUUUCUUCAGAUGUCAACACUUACCCCAUAACUACAAUAUUUUUGGAAGGUAGUGCAAUUUUGGCUAAAAAACCCCCCUAAAAUUUAAAAAAAAGAAAAAAAGAAAAAUUCAAGGAAAUACUUAUCUUUCAGAGCAAUGUACAAGUUUAAUUUCAGUACUUCAUAAAUAUUCUUUUGGUCUUAGUGAAAAUAGCAAGUACAGUAUCAAAUUGUAGAUACCUUUGCCAGUAAUAGAUUUUUCUGGGAUCUAAAUGAGUCAUAUCAAUUCUUGAAGCUAUUUUUAACAUUCUUAUUUUCUUUGGAAGGUGAAUUCAAUUCAAUUGCCUUUACAAAUUUCUAUCUAAAGAGAGUAGUGUGACCUUUUCCUCAAGUAGCACUAUUUAGGAAAAAGUCCCAGUGAUUUACAAUGUUUAGAGUGAUUGGUCUUAUACAGUAAGUGGUGUCUAUAAAUAUGUUUUCUGAAGACUGUAAGAAACUUGACUACAAAAAAAAUCCUAGUAAAGUGCCAUUGUAGCUAUGAGCAGAAUGAAGAUGUAUAGUCACACAUCAGGAUUGCAUCAAUAAAAAUGUAGAAAAA